AUGGCAGAUCGUAGCCAGUCCCAACGCCACCACAGGCGUAGAAUUGUCGAGUCAAAAGAACAAGACACAUUUGACUCGCGUCUCCCACAGGCUUUCCCCGCCAUGUCACCCUUGUACGACUUUGACGCCGCAUUCGCCCAGCAAAGCAUGGGCAUAUCUCAAAAAGAAAACACCAAUGAAGACUUCAUCAUGCAUGACUACAUGGCAGACAUAUCAGCUUCUGUAUCGAUGCGUGGGUCCAUGGCACAGUCCCUUUCCCCAAGCUGGAUGGACAUCGAGGAAUCGAGCCCCAGUGUGGUCAUGGAAGAUUGUACGAACAGCCAGGUGAUGAUAAACCAUGCUCAUACCCAGGAUCAGAGGAAUCGAGCACACUCUGGUAACUCGAAACGUGCCUCGAUAGGGGAACAUGACAUUGACUUUGUCCUGUACCCGAUACCCGAGGCCGAACUCUCUGCGUCCCCGCAGGAACCAUGGACACAUGGCGCUGGCUUCGAAAUCGAUAAUGAGGCUAUGGCUAAUGACUUCAAACAUGACCCGAAGUACCUCCUGGGCACCAUGUGGAGUGCUGAGCCUCGUAUCAUUGAGGACCCUUACCAAGUGUAUGGCAUGGGGAAAGGAGAGUCUACCUACCAGGAAAUGCAACACUACGCAUAUCAGUCCGUUAUCCAAACACAAGCGCCCAUCACUCAUACUAGAGCAGUGAAGCAUCAUUCUGAUAGCCCAUGGACACCGGUGGAUCCUCAAGUGACAGCAUGGAGCCCUGGAUUUGCUGCGUAUCUGCCAUCACCAGGACCCCAAGGAGAACAUGACUCGGAAGCAUCCCCAAGUCGAGCUUCUAGUGAGGCUAAGUCGCCAAAGCCCAGUAAGUCAAGAGUCGAGAAGUCUCGAGCAUCUAAGAAAGCAGGUGGAAAAUCCAGCAAAGCGAAAACUAAUACCACGGAGCUCACAUGGGAGCAUGCUGCUAUCUGCAAGGAUGGAUUGUGCUUUGUGUCGGAGAAUAGGGAGGAUGAAGAGAAGCGAAUUGGCGUCAGAAGCGGAAAGCUGGAUCCUAAUGUUGCUGAAAAAGCCAAGCGAAUGAGGAAAUUGAAGGCGUGUUGGAAGUGCUGGAUUCAGAAAGUGCCUUGCUCUGAAGGUGCAACUUGCGAGAGAUGCCAGAAGCUGAAACAAUUCUCUCCCGCCGCUGACCAGCUCUGUUGUCGAGCAGGCUUCAUCGACUAUGCGGAGGUCUUCUUCCCAGCCUAUCUGCACAAACAUCUCAAGAAGCACAAGGUUGAAGAAUUGAUCUCGGAACACACGAAUGGAUUCCGUGACACUGCGAUCGACGUGGAGGUUUCAACUGGAGCUGCCUUCAACAAAAAGCCCUUGGUCUUGCACACCAAUGUCUUCCGACCAAAGACAGAUGAGUUGCUGUUGCAGUCUCGUCUGACAACAGGUAUUGACAACCAAAACUCGGUGCUUCUGGAGCAGGACAGUGUUCCGAUUGGUAUCCUGGGACUGUCAGAACAGGAAGUGAAGAAACUCUGCAAGAGGUACAUUGACGAUAUGAUUGCGUCCCCUCAGUACGCUGGACAAGUCUCCGCUGUCAAUAGCUCUCCAAUCGCUUUCGAACUGCUGGAAGCAAUGCAAAAGUAUGCGAGAAAGGAGCCAAUAGUAAAGGAUGCUCUCAGACUCCACGCCAUGCAUUAUUUCAUGAGCAGUCUUUUGACGUUCACCCCAUCAUCCGUAGAGGCCAUCUAUCGACGCUUAGGUCGCCAGCUCAACAGAUCAGAAUCCUUCCACUCGUCGCGACUCCUAAAUCGCCAAGUGAAGCAAGUAAUGCACAAACUGCACCGCGAAACCACAGCAACUGUGCUCGAAUCGCUGGAAAAAUCUCUUCGAGGUCGCACCAAGGACUGCUGGGGUCCCUCUUUCUGCACAAUUCUUGUUCUGUGUCUCUGCAUUGAGAACCUAGAGACUGCAGCCGAUACAUUGGUUGUUUGCGAUAUGCAGAAGACCAAAGGACGAGAAGGAUUCGUGAGAGCGCAGAGCCUGGAUGCCUGCCAGCUGCUAGAGGAUUUGCCGUUCGCGCAGUGUAAUAGACUGCUGCAUGAGAUAUACAGAAGCCAUAAAGAAGGCAACGGAGGUGCAAGAGAGGCUGGUUUCAACCCUCUCAGGGCAUUAUACAAUGGCGAGGAGACUGGCUUGCAUGGCAAAGCGAAUGACAUGAUAACCGAAGUAUUUGGAGUUGUGUUCAUCAACUGGGAGGAGAUGCUGGAGCUCGCUGAACGAGGUCCGCUGGGUGGCACAGACAAUAAGGUCCAUCCUGGAGACAUCCGGCCUCAUAACACUGGCCGACUUGCCUCGAAAUUUCUGAGAUCUUUCCUGCCAGAUGCAUGA